UUAUCCUAAAAUCAUUUCCUUUCCUGUUCUCGCGGAGUGUCCAUUUCACAGACAAACAUGAAAAGAGCGCUAUUAAGUCUUAAAAUCAUUUUACAUCGACUUUUCUUGAUGCAAGAGUAGACCGUUUGCCGUGCGUGAUCGAAAGUCAGACCUGCCACCCUGAGAAUCCCUUCUAGGUGUCAGUACCUCUCGGUGAACAACCAAAGGAGUCCCAUAAUGAGUGUACCACUCAUGAUCUAUCUCGGUGUUGUUAGCAUCGCGGGCUCAAUCUUCAAUUUCAUCGUCCUCUUGGUAUUUCUCAGCAAACGCCAUUUUCUCCAGGUGCCAGAUGUCUUCCUACUCAGCGUAGCAAUCAGUGAUUGCCUCGCGUGUGUCAUUGCAAUGCCUGUAACGCUAUUAGCCGUCAGCAACGGUAGCUGGCAAUUUGAUUUUGAACUCUGCAAAAUGCACGCAUCACUUUUUUACAUCUUUGGUCUCGUCUCCAUCACCCACUUGUCUGCCAUGGCGUUCGAGAAGUAUCUAACUCUCUUUAAGAGUACAUGUAUUAACGGGUACUACCUCACUAAAGGGCAGGCAGUCAAGAUCAUAGCAGCCCUGUGGGGGUACUCCCUAGUGUUCAGUUUGUCCCCCCUUGUCGGCUGGGGCGCUUACGGACUGGGACCAGAGAACAUGACAUGCACGUUGCUAUGGGGAGCGAGUGGAGCGAAAGAUGACACGUACUAUGGCGCGGUGUUUCUUGGAUGUUUCUUUGUGCCGGUUGGUUUUAUACUUUUCAGCUACUAUCACAUUAGUAAGUUGAGGAGAAAGACGUUUGUUCAUCUAAGCAGGAAUUCAGUGUGCUCUGCCCAAAUGGUGAUGUUCGCCAAAAUCAUGAAGCAUAAGCACAUCGUUUUUGCCAUGAAGCUAACUCUGCUUAUCGGUGCUUACUUCUUCGCCUGGCUUCCUUACAGUGUUGUCUCAUUACUCAUGGUUCUACGUGUUGAGCUUCAAGCCAAUGCAGUAAUAUACAGCAGCAUGUUUGCUAAAUCAAGUUUCUUAUUAAACCCAGUAGUUUAUUCCUUCAUAACUAAGAGAUUUUGGGAAGAUUGUUUUCAUUUUUUCAGGCGCUGUAGAAGAACUAGAAAAAUUUACCCAUUAAUAUCCAUUCCUCUACCGAAUGCAGCCUUUCAUCAUGGUUCAUACAAGGCUCGACAACCGUGCGUUACAUAAUUUCUGGAUUUUACAACAAAAAGCUAAAAACUUAGGCUCGGUUUGCAACCGUGCUUAUGUCGUGCGCUGCUCACACACUGGAAUCGCGGGAGCAACGAAACCAACAUGGCUGAAAACCGAACCCUACCUAAAACUCUACAUAGAAAAUGAAGCCGUUCUUAUCGUAGGAUUGAUUGAUAUUUUGCAGGGCUACGUAAAGGUUUUGUGAAUUGAGGCAAUUGUUACAUGUAUAACAUCUUUUUUUUGCAACUUGCAAUGCUUUUUUUCGUUGCGUUUGAAUUUCUUUCUAUUUUUCGCAUAGCGAGAAAAAAAUUGCCCUGUGUAUUAUGUUUAUGCAACCUGCAAUCUUUUUAGUCACAAAAAAUGGAGUCAGUAUUUAUAACUAUAGCAGUUAGUAAUGGAGUCAUGUCACUGUAUAAGUUUCUUUACAGAUUGCGGCCCCCUGCCUCCCAAUAUUUCCCUACAUGCCGUGACUCGUCACGCUAGGUUCCUGAGCUACUCAAGCGCAGCCUAGCGUGACAAGUCCUGAACGGCUGCGAGGGAGACUACCCCUAGCCAAACAUGACAGCCUAGAGUAACAAAAAUCAAGCAGCCGAUGGUUGUGAAGAAAAUAUCGAGCAGGAUUAAGUGCAAAAGAGGUUUUCUCCAUCCAGCAAAUGAAAUUGCUUGCCUACAGAGGGUUUGAGGGGAUUUUCUUGCAUAAUUAGAUCUGUUUUCUGUGUGGUAAUGCCCUUAUUUGGACAGAUUGAUCGAGGUCAAUCAAUAAUUCAGACGUCAGCACAAUGAAACAACAAGAGCAAUUUUCAUUCAUUUCACCAGGAAAACAACAAAACCGCCCCAGCCACUCAACAGUUAUAGCUUUUUUCUAGCAUUAAUUCCUUUCAAUUUAUCAUAACGCCUUUGAUUGUGCUGGAACGUUACCGAAUACUAUCUUCUGAGAUAUUUCACUUUCUUAUGUGUUUUGUCGUCUGGCUACCCAUAUUUGGGUAAGUUUAUUGGUAACUUUACCACUGAAUGUAGAGAUAUACUGGCAAUUGUUUUUCUUAUUAUUUUUUCUGAUAGUGCAAAGGCUCUUAUUCUAUUCAUUCGCGAGCCUAAUUCUAGCUGAACGUUCAAUAGUGCUUGAAAUGUCAGUGGCGGAUCUAGGAUUUACAAAGGGAGGGGUGACCUUUUUCGACAUAAUUCCUUCCCUGUUUCACCUAGUGCAGUGGCCUGGCUUUCUGUCGCGAACAUUGUCUGCUUCUUGGCCAGUGAGAAGCGUCGCAGUUCAUCGAAUUCGGCUGUAAUAAUUUACAACCAUUUAUGUUUUUUUUCCAAAAUGCUUUUUUCACCCAACAAGUAGGGGGGGGGGGGUGACAUAUCACCACCGUCACCACCCCUGGAACCGCCACUGAAUGUUCUUUUCAAAUUCUAUUUUCAUACUUUCUGUUUUUGAACUAAAUGCCGAAUAGCUCUUAGUUUUUUUUAAUCCGUUUUACUUAUAUCAACCUCUGCAGUAGAGGUAUGUAGUUGUAAAAGAUGUGUUAAACGAUCGAGAAAGUACGACAUUCGGAAUAACGGGAAAGAUCUAGAAUGGUCACGUAGUCAGGAUUUGCUGAGGAGGGAGGGGUGGGGACUGUGCGUAGGAACCGAAAACGGAUGCGCAGGCCAUGUGUUUUGUAAAAAUGUGAAAAAUCGGGUGAUUCUUGAAAAAUAAAAAAACAAAAA